CUCGUUCUUCCCACCUUUCUCUCUCAAUCGAACAACCCUGCUAAACUGUUGAAUAUAUACAGGUGUAACCCACUGCCGAGCCACCUUUAAUACUUUCGUCACUUGCAUUUAAUGAUUUGAGUGGUGAAAUCCCUUCUAGAAUUUGGGAUAUGGAGAAAUUAAAAUUUAUUGAUUUUGAAGCUAAUUCGACUCACGACAGGGAAUCAAUCGUCGUUCGUAUUACAUCUGAUCAUGUUGAUUCAUUUAUAACUUUUCUUGCUAUCACUUAUGUCGAUUGUUUCCUAUCAAAAAACAUCAAUAUACAGGUGGUUCUACGUGAUAAAGGUUUUGAAGAAAAGUUGAAGUUGUUCAUCUUCUGUUGGGUUUCAAUCGCUUGCAAAAGACAUUGUUCAGUCUUCUGUUGUGUUUCACUCUGUGGUUCACAAGACGGCUGUGAAGACAAGUUUAAUCUCAGAUGCUUUUGUGGGUAA